UUGUGUUGGAUUACAUACUACAGAGGUGCAGCAGAUCUUCAAGUGCUGAAUAUUCGAGAAAUAAACAUUUAAUUCUUCAAUUACAUUAAGCUUGAAAAUAUGGCCCACUAUAAAGGAGCAGCUUCAGAAGCAGGCAGAGCCAUGCAUUUAAUGAAGAAACGAGAAAAAGCACAGCAAGAAAUAGAACUUCGAAAAAAGAAAAUCGAAGAGGAUUUAAAGAUAGAUAAUAUCGAAAACAAAUUUGCUACACAUUAUGAUGCAGUGGAACAACAAUUAAAGAGUUCUACUAUCGGCUUAGUAACUCUUGAUGAAAUGAAAGCGAAACAAGAACACAUAGUUCGCGAAAGAGAAAAAAAGUUAGCACAAAAGAAAGCUGAAAAAGAGAAAGAACGGCAAAAAGAAAUAGAAGCUAAACAGGCCCAAAAAAAUAAGCAAAAAAGACAGAUUCAAGCUCUUUCGUUUGAUUUAAACGAAGAAGAAGAAGAAGAUGAUGACGUUAAAGACGAAGAAUCACCAGAAACUACUUGGCGAGAUAAGGAUGAAACUGUAUGUAAAAAAAUAAAAAAAAAUCCAGAUGUAGAUACAUCAUUUUUACCUGACAGAGAACGAGAGGAAGCUGAUUUGAAAUUAAGAGAAGAGCUCAGAUUAGAGUGGGUUAUGACUCAGGCGAGCCUUAAAGAUGAGCCUAUAACUGUUACAUUCAGCUACUGGGAUGGAUCUGGCCAUAGAAGAAAUGUCACAUUAAAAAAAGGUAAUUCUAUAUAUCAAUUCCUUCAAAGGUGUUUGGAUACACUGAGGCCUGAGUUUAGUGAACUUAAAACAGUAUCAGCUGAUCAACUUAUGUAUGUUAAGGAAGACCUGAUUUUGCCACAUCAUUAUACAUUUUACGACUUUAUUGUUACCAAGGCUAGAGGUAAGAGUGGUCCACUAUUCCAAUUUGAUGCCUCCGAUGAUAUAAGAUUAGUAAAUGAUGCUACUCAAGAAAAACAAGAUUCACAUGCAGGAAAAGUACUCUUAAGAUCCUGGUAUGAAAGAAACAAACAUAUCUUUCCUGCAUCUAGAUGGGAACCCUAUGACCCUACUAAGACAUAUUCCAAAUAUACAAUCAAAGGAAAAUAAGGCAUGAGCAAUAUUUGUAUAUGAGAAAACUAGUGCGUUGACAAUGUGUUCUGGUUAACUACUAUUAAUAAAACAGUAGGUUAACAUCA